GAUUGCUCGGCCUUUGUCGGCACCAGCCCUGACAAAACAAUUCUCACACCUGGUUCCUAUUGUCUCAAUGCAGUAUCAUCCCAGGGUUUAUACAAGAAUCAAGGCUUCAACUCUGUAGGAUUAGUAUGUAGGUGAUGAGGGCCACAUAUAUUAUUGAUGUUGCCCGGCCCGUGCGUGCUUCUAUUUAUAGAAGUGAUCAAUAUUAAUAAACCACUGACAUCUGGGCAUUCGAGGACGGUUCCUGAAUACUGAGAAAGGCUCAUUUGCAUGAUGCGCACUUGUGCCUAACUGUCUGGAAGACCCAGAUAUGCCACCCCUUACUGUUCGCAAGAGACAGCACUGUUGACAAUUAUUCAUACCACGAUGUAUAACAAGGAGGUGGGAACGUUCUUCCCUCCCAGUAAUGACUCACGUGCACCAAUGACAGCCCGGGAUUUGCAUAAUUUUUUCCCGCCGCACUUGGCGCUGCCGGGAUAUGAGGUAAUAGGCAGACCACGGGUGAUUUGACUGAGCAUUCUCCGUGCCGACUGGAGGGGAGCAGACGCGGAAAACGGGCUCCUGGCGCUACUCGAGAAGUUCUGAGGAGAGAGCGGAAACCGGUGUAUGGACUCAGGUGCUCUGUGAGUACAGUCUACCUCAGGAGAUUUUGAACCGCAGAAAAAGGAUGUUGAUUUGGGGGAAUGCCUCUUAGAGGGAAUUUUUUAGCCCAGCAGACUCUGGUUUUUGCUCAGAAGAUGUGGGAAGGAUAACCGCUCCCGGGCCAUGAAUCGAUGCAAGUGCUGCUUCAUUCAGACAUUCAAUGAACGGUGCUUUGAUGGAUUUUGGUGAGGGGUCUCUUGAGGCACCCCAAAGCCGCGCAAUGAAUUUCAUUGCCUGAACUGUUUGCUGGCGUUGUCCUGCAGAACGAUUCUGUGAAAAUUGAAACCUUCCAACGAAGUUAAACUGGCACAGUCAGAUCAUCCAGGCCGACCGAUCCGGCAGUUAUGUGGCUACAGGCUGAGAAAAGAUUGACGAAAGAGUUGUGAAAGGCAGGGUGAAAAAUGUGACUGCUUUACUGAUUGCAGACAGACCCUCGCGGUGGAAUCAUCUCAUUCGAGACACAUCAUUUAUGCCCUGAGCUAUGAACUGGACUGCUGUCUGCAUCUUUUGAGGUAGAAAAUUGCUGCAGAACAAUGACAGCCGAACCAAACAGCAGCGCGCUGCUUCCUUUUCCCGAUGGGGACUGGAACACGACGGCCGGGGCAUACAACUGCCAGACAGCAGGGAAUUUCACGGAUUACUUCACCAACUGUGCGGAGGAGGCACCAGGUGCGCUCCUUGUGGUCGACCUGAUCGAAGGGGUGCUGAUGCUGAUCGUCACCAUCCUCAUCAUCAUCGGCAACGUCAUCGUCAUCGUGGUGUACCAGUACGAGCCAUCCCUCCGCAACACCAUGAGCAUCUUCAUCCAGACGCUGGCCAUCUCAGACCUUGCUGUCGGCUUCACCUGCAUCUUCCCGGUGAUGGUCACCUUCCACCAGCUGGGCCCCUACGGCUCCACCUCCUGCCUUGUCUACAGCUACUUUGUGUCCAUGCUCACCAGCGUCUCCAUUGCCAACCUGGCGGCCAUCAGCAUCGACCGGUACAUUGCCAUCAUCAAGCCACUCAACUACCAGGCCAUCAUGUCCAUGCGCAACACCCGCAUCUGCAUCAUCUUCGCAUGGGUCUUCAGCAUCUGCAUCUGCUUUCCCAUCCUGAUCGGCUGGGGCACCAGCACCUACGACAUGGAGGCCUUCCAGUGCGAGGUCCAGUCCUGGGCCACCGACAUAUACUUCACCAUAUUCAUCAUCUGCAUCCUGUACCUGCCCGCCUCCGUCAUCAUGUGCUUCACGUACUACCACAUCUUCAAGAUCUGCCGACACCACUCCAAGGAGAUCGGGAAGGUCCGGGAGCUCGAAACGCGCUUCCAGAGCGAAAGCGACCACUACCCGACGUCCUACACGACCAAGGCCAAGCACCAGGCCAACUCCCGCGGGGAGUCCAUGUACCGGAAGGGAUCCAGUCGCGAGUCGCAGGAGACCCCAAACUGCGAGUCCCAGUCUCGCAGCCACCACGAGCGCAGAGCCGCAAUGAUGCUCUUCACGGUCAUCACUGCCUUCUACGUCUCGUGGUUGCCAUACACGAUCGUGCGCGUUGUGCAGUCGGUCAUGGGGAUGAAACUGAACCCAAUCGUUCGGUUCGGCCUGUCGUGGCUCGGGAUCAGUAACAGCUUCUUCAACUGCAUCAUCUACAGCAUAUCGAACAGUGCCUUCCGACAAGGUUUGAAGAAUCUCGUGGUCAGUGCAUGUAACAAGUGCACUCGACGCGGAAACGACCCGUUCAACCUCACAGCAGUGCCAAAGUGUAGGAUGUGGGAAUUUGGGGAGCUCUACCAGAAGGUAUUCUGCAGCAUUUGUACUUUGACCACUAUUACGAUGCACCUAUCACUGUACUUUCCAACAAACCAGAUCUUAUCACAGUCUAGUGUUGAAUAUUACAGUCAUGUAUUUUGUUCUUCAAUUUUCACAAGAGAAUUUUUUUACCUUGUCAUGCUAUGUGCCUUGGUGCACUCAUUUGAUUAGGGACAUAAAGCUCGAUAACCAUCCAUACAAAUCUUUGGUUUGACUGUUGAAGACCUUCUAUGUUUAUUGUCAACAAGAAGUUGUCCCUUCUUUGAUCCAGCCAAAAGACAAAUUUACAGGAUUACUCCCCCAAAAAAUUUCAUCACAAAAUGAAGU